AUGACCAUGGGGGAUAUGAAGACCCCCGACUUUGAUGACCUCUUGGCAGCGUUCGACAUCCCAGAUAUGGUCGAUCCUAAAGCAGCUAUUGAAUCUGGACACGAUGACCAGGAGAGCCACAUCAAGCGAGAGGACGACUCCCACACGCCAUCCUCUUCCGACGUGGGCGUCAGUGUUAUUGUUAAGAACGUUCGGAACAUUGAUUCCUCCUCCGAGGGCUCCGAGAAAGAUGGCCACCCCACGGGCAAUGGCCUACACAAUGGGUUCCUCACAGCAUCCUCUCUGGAUGGCUACAGUAAAGAGGGGUCAAAGUCCUUGAAAGGAGAUGUGCCUACCUCAGAGGUGACUCUAAAAGACUCCGCUUUCAGCCAGUUUAGCCCUAUCUCUAGUGCUGAAGAGUUUGACGAUGAUGAGAAGAUAGAGGUGGAUGACCCCCCUGAUAAAGAGGACUUGCAUUCGAGUUUUAGAUCAAAUGUGUUGACGGGGUCUGUUUCCCAACAGGACUACGAGAAACUGAAGGCACUUGGAGGGGGAAACUUAAGCAAAACUGGAAUCUCUACUUCAGGCCAUGCAGACAAAAACAAAGUUAUCAAGAGAGAAACAGAAACAAAUUCUAUCAAUCUGAGUGUUUAUGAACCUUUUAAAGUCAGAAAAGUGGAGGAUAAAUUGAAGGAAAACUCUGAAAAGGUGCUUGAAAAUAGGGUCCAUGACGGGAAGCUGAGCUCCGAGAAGAACGACACUACCCUUGUCGGUGUGGUUCCGUCAAGGUCAAAGCCAUCCUCUAAGCUUUCUUCCUGCAUAGCUGCCAUCGCCGCUCUUAGUGCUAAAAAGGCUGCUUCCGGCGCCAGUAAAGAGCCAGUGACCAAUUCACGGGAACCCUCUCCAUUACCAAAAGAAGUCAAUGAUAGUCCUAGAGCCAUUGAAAAGUCUCCCGAGUCCCAGAGUCUCAUCGAUGGGACGAAGAAGGUGUCCUUGAAGCAGCCGGAUAGCCCCAGGAGCAUUUCAAGUGAAAACAGUAGCAAGGGAUCUCCGUCGUCCCCUGCAGGAUCAACACCAGCAAUUCCCAAAGUCCGCAUCAAAACCAUUAAGACGUCCUCUGGGGAAAUAAAGAGAACAGUGACAAGGGUAUUGCCAGAAGUUGAUCUCGACUCUGGAAAAAAGCCCGAGCAUCCAGGGCCUGUGUUGGCUUCUGUGACGUCGCUUCUGUCAUCCCCAGCUGCAGCUGCUGUCCUUGCCUCUCCCCCCAGAGCGCCACUGCAGUCUGCCCUUGUCGCCAACGCGAUUAGCCCUGCAGAGCUGACCCCCAAGCAGGUCACUAUUAAGCCCGUGGCAACGGCCUUCCUCCCAGUGUCUGCUGUGAAGACAGCAGGAUCUCAAGUCAUUAAUUUGAAGCUCGCUAACAACACAACGGUCAAAGCCACAGUCAUAUCUGCUGCCUCUGUUCAGAGCGCCAGCAGCGCCAUCAUUAAAGCUGCUAAUGCCAUCCAGCAGCAAACCGUUGUGGUGCCGGCAUCCAGCCUGGCCAAUGCCAAACUCGUGCCAAAGACUGUGCACCUCGCCAACCUUAACCUUCUGCCUCAGGGCGCACAGGCCACCUCUGAGCUCCGCCAAGUGCUAACCAAACCUCAGCAGCAAAUAAAGCAGGCAAUAAUCAAUGCAGCUGUCUCACAACCACCCAAAAAGGUUUCUCGAGUCCAGGUGGUGUCGUCCUUGCAGAGCUCUGUGGUGGAAGCUUUCAACAAGGUGCUGAGCAGUGUCAACCCUGUUCCAAUUUACAUCCCCAACCUCAGUCCCCCUGCUAACGCAGGCAUCACGCUGCCCACCCGCGGGUACAAGUGCUUGGAGUGUGGCGACUCCUUCGCUCUGGAAAAGAGUCUGACUCAGCACUACGACAGACGCAGUGUGCGCAUCGAGGUGACAUGUAACCACUGUACAAAGAACCUCGUUUUCUACAAUAAGUGCAGCCUCCUCUCCCAUGCCCGCGGGCAUAAGGAGAAGGGGGUGGUCAUGCAGUGCUCCCACUUAAUCUUAAAGCCCGUCCCAGCAGAUCAAAUGAUUGUUUCUCCACCAAGCAAUACUUCUGCUUCAUCUUCCACUCUGCCAAGCUCUGUGGCGGCUGGCACACACACUGUAACAAAAAUCCAGUCUGGUAUAACUGGGACGGUCAUAUCGGCUCCUUCAAGCACACCCACCAUUCCAGCUAUGCCUCUAGACGAAGACCCAUCCAAGCUCUGCAGGCAUAGUCUGAAAUGUUUGGAGUGCAACGAAGUGUUCCAGGACGAGACAUCGCUGGCUACGCAUUUCCAGCAGGCUGCAGAAACGAGUGGACAAAAGACUUGCACUAUCUGCCAGAUGCUGCUUCCCAACCAGUGCAGCUAUGCAUCCCACCAGAGAAUCCAUCAGCACAAAUCUCCCUACACCUGCCCCGAGUGCGGGGCCAUCUGCAGGUCGAUGCACUUCCAGACCCACGUCACCAAGAACUGUCUGCACUACACGCGGAGAGUUGGUUUUCGAUGUGUACAUUGCAAUGUUGUGUACUCUGAUGUGGCCGCACUGAAGUCUCACAUCCAAGGUUCUCACUGUGAAGUCUUCUACAAGUGUUCUAUUUGUCCAAUGGCGUUUAAGUCUGCCCCCAGCACACAUUCCCAUGCCUACACACAACAUCCUGGCAUCAAGAUAGGAGAGCCAAAAAUAAUAUAUAAGUGUUCCAUGUGCGACACCGUAUUUACCCUGCAAACCCUGUUGUAUCGCCACUUUGACCAACACAUCGAAAACCAGAAGGUGUCUGUUUUCAAGUGUCCAGACUGUUCUCUUUUAUAUGCACAGAAGCAACUCAUGAUGGACCAUAUCAAGUCUAUGCAUGGAUCGUUGAAAAGUAUUGAAGGGCCUCCAAACUUGGGUAUAAACUUGCCUUUGAGCAUUAAGCCCACAACUCAAAAUUCAGCAAAUCAAAUCAAGGAGGACAUCAGAUCCAUGAACGGGAAAGAGAAAUUGGAAAAUAAAUCCCCAUCUCCUGUGAAGAAACCAAUGGACCCCAAGAAAAUGGCCAUCCUCGGGUGGACGUGUUGGGAGUGUGACCGCCUGUUCACGCAAAGAGAUCUUUACAUUUCCCACGUGAGGAAGGAGCACGGGAAGCAAAUGAAGAAGCACCCGUGCCGCCAGUGUGACAAGUCCUUCAGCUCCUCACACAGCCUGUGCCGGCACAACCGCAUCAAGCACAAAGGCAUCCGGAAGGUUUACACCUGCUCGCACUGCCCAGACUCCAGGCGGACCUUCACCAAGCGGCUGAUGCUGGAGAAGCACAUCCAGCUCAUGCACGGGAUUAAGGAUCCCGACUUGAAAGAAAUGACAGAAACCACCAACGAGGAGGAAAUAGAGAUAAAAGAAGAUACCAAGGUUCCCAGCCCCAAGCGGAAGUUGGAGGAGGAUGAACCAGUUUUAGAAUUCAGGCCUCCCAGGGGAGCGAUCACUCAGCCACUGAAGAAGCUCAAGAUCAACGUGUUUAAGGUCCACAAGUGUGCCGUGUGCGGCUUCACCACCGAGAACCUGCUCCAGUUCCACGAACACAUCCCGCAGCACAAGUCCGACGGCUCCUCCUACCAGUGCCGGGAGUGCGGCCUCUGCUACACGUCGCACGUGUCGCUGUCCAGGCACCUGUUCAUCGUGCACAAGCUGAAGGAGCCGCAGCCCGUGGCCCAGCAGAACGGGGCCGGGGAGGAGAACCAGCAGAACCAGCCCAGCCCCGAGCACGAGGGCGCCGACGGCACCGCGUCCGACAGGAAGUGCAAAGUGUGCGCAAAAACGUUUGAAACAGAAGCUGCCUUAAACGCUCACAUGCGGACACACGGCAUGGCCUUCAUUAAAUCCAAAAGAGUGAAUUCGGCCGAGAAAUAG